AUGAAUUUACAUAGAUUGCCACUCAGAAAUACAGCAUCGUAUGUUAAUAGGGCUGUUAUUGCAAACACUCUUCGUCGUCCUAGUAUCUAUGUAGCUACUCGUCAAAUGUCCACUCCAUCCAAAACACCAGCACAAGAUCCUAAAACAAAGGCGCAAUCAAUUAUGGACGCAAUUCCCGGUAACAGUAUCAUAUCAAAAACCGGUAUCUUAGCUACAUCGGCAGCAGCCGCGGUGUACGCCAUCUCAAAUGAAUUAUACGUUAUAAAUGAGGAAUCUAUUUUGCUAUUAACAUUUGGUGGUAUUGUAGCCUUAAUGAUUAAAAUGGUUGCCCCAGUCUAUAAAGAUUUUGCAGAUUCAAGGAUGAAAAAAGUGUCUGAUGUAUUGAAUGCUUCGAGAAUAAGACAUGUUGACGCCGUUAAGGAAAGAAUUGAGUCUGUUUCUUCAUUGAAAAAUGUUUCUGAUACAACAAGAGUUUUAUUUGAUGUUUCGAAGGAAACCGUCGAAUUAGAGGCAAAAGCCUUUGAAGAGCAACAGAAAGUUGACUUAGUUAAGCAGGCCAAAUCGGUCUUGGAUUCCUGGGUAAGAUAUGAGGCAUCGCUACGUCAAAUGCAACAGAAGCAAAUGGCAGAGACUAUUAUCAAGAAGGUUCAAGGAGAGUUGUCUAAUCCCAAAUUUCAAGAUAAAGUAUUGCAACAAUCCAUAACAGAAGUAGAGAAAUUGCUUGCUGAAUUGAAAUAG